AUGACGACACGCGCGGCCCCACCGCAGGCGGCCGUGCCGCGGCACCCGCCGGCGAACACGGACCUGAUCUACCACCAGACCAUCAUCCCCACGCAGAAGAUCACGCACUGCGCCGUCGGCAGCUUCACCCUCCCCGGCGCCACCGACUUUGCGGUGGUGCGGCACGACACGCUCGAGCUGUGGACGCUGCACGUGGACCGCAACGCGGCGGAGUGCGUCCACAGCACGCGGCUUUUCGCGAAUGUGUACCAAGUCGCCGCGGUGCCGACCUCCACCACCGCCGCCGCCGCCGGCCGCGGCUCUGCGGGGAUCCUCGACGCGGCCUCCACCGAGACGGCGGCGAUGCACCGCCUCGCCGUGACAUCGGAGACGGGCUGCCUGGUGCUGCUCCGCUACGACCUCGACGAGCCACCGGUGCCGGCCCGCCUCGCGCAGGAUCCGACGAGCGGCAGCCAACACCCCAACGACGUCGACAACGACGACGAUGACGACGACGCGGAGGGCCUGCGCGGCGCCGCGGCGCCCACGUCGCUGCGGGGGAGGUUUGUCCGCGUCAGCGAGGUGGCGCUGGGCCGGAGCGGGGCGCGGGUGACGGUGCCGGGGGCGCGCCUGGCGGUGGACCCGCUGGGCCGCGCCGUCUUCGCGGCGGCGCUGAUGCGGCUGAAGGUACUCGUCCCGCUGCGCAAGCACGAGGGGUACGACGCCCUCCGGCGCGGCGGCGCGCUGCACGACGACGGCGAGGAUGAGCUGCUGGCGCCGUCGUCGUCGGCGCUGCGUGGCGCGGCCGCGGGGCCGGAGGGCGCCGUGGCGCCAAAAAAGCGACGGCCCGCGGUGCGGGACGUCUUGUCCUUCGGCUCCCCCGUCGAGGCGCACCGGCAGACGAUCAUCUUUGCCCUCUGCGCCCUGGAGGGGGCGACGGAGAACGCCACGUUUGCGACGCUGGAGCAGGAGAUACACGAGGCGCAGUCGGCCGUGGGGGAGGCGGCCGCCGCGCCCAGCGUGGGGGCGGGGCAGGCCUUUUUGCGCGUGAACCCCGGCGCGAAGCUGCCGUCGCAGGGAGGAGGGGGCGGCGUCAGCCGGCGCUCGAAGCAGCUGGUGGUGUACGCCUUCGUGGCGGGCCUGCAGCAGGUGCAGCGGACCCACCUCGUCUCCGUUCCGGCGACGGCGCACCGCCUCAUUGCGGUGCCCGCCUCCCCCGCUGGCCCCGGCGGCGUCAUCGUCUGCACCGACGCGGAGCUCGUCUGGUACGACCUCCUCCCCCAGCUGCACGGCGACGGCGUCCUCGGCAGCAGCAGCCUCUCCGACCCCAACCUGCCGCUGCCGCCCGCGGGCCUCUCCGCCGUCUCGCUGUUCAAGACGGCCGCCCCGUUUCCCCGGCGCAACGACUUCCGUGAGCAGCUGUACGACCCCAUGAUUAUUGCGCACGCCAUGACGUGCGUGCGCAACGACUUCUUUAUGCUGCUGCAGGACGACCAGGGCGACGUGUUCCGCGUCAGCCUCACCGUGAUGGACGUGCAGCGCGCCUACGACGCGCUACGAAUGCGGCAGCAGCAGCAACGCAUGGGCGCCGCAGCGGCCGCGGUGCCGCCCGUCACCGUGCCCUCGCCGCUGACGGUCUCCUACUUCGACACGCUGCCGCCGACGACGGCCAUGGCGCUCUUUCGCCGCGGCUUCGUGUUCGCCGCGAGUGAGUCGGCCCCCACGCAUGGGCUGUACAAAAUCGUCAAGGACGGCUACCGCACCGACGCGGAGUACAUUUUGACUAGGAUGCGGAUGGUGGAUCAGCGGCACGGCCGCCCCGACGACGGGUACGAGGAGGACGCAAAAGGCGGUGCCCCGCAGCCGCCGCAGCCGCCGCCGUCGCCGUCGUCGUCUGUGGCCGCUGCCGCGGAAGCAGGGGAGGACGGCACGGGCGCGUCUGGGGGAAUGGCGCUGAUGCCGCCGCCGCCGCCGCUGGCCAAAGGGCCCGCCGUUCUGCUCCCCCCGCCCUCCUCGCUCCAGAGAACGCAGCAGUUACAGCAGCCAAAGGGCCGCGUGGUCCCACUUUUCAUCCCUCACCCCUCGCUGCGGCACAUGGUGCUGCUCGAAACCUACCCGAGCACGCCCGCGAUAACCUCCCUCGUCGUGACGAUUCCGCAGCAGACGCAGGACGCGGAAGUUAAUCAAGAGCGGCAACCCCACCACCUGCAUCAGAAGCAGCAGCAGCCGCACGUGCAGAUCGACGCGUUGGUGGGCCGCGGCUCCGACAGUGUGUUGCUGCACGCGCGGUACGGGUAUGCGGCGAGGCUGGAAAGCUCCUUCACCUUGCCGGCGGUGUUCUCCCACCUGACCCCGUUGACCUCUGCCACGGCGAUGCAGCAGCGGUGGCGCGAAGCCCAGCUGGAGGCGAAGAAGCGCUCGGGCGGAGGGAGCUACCGCCACGCAGCAAAGACACCCUCCCGCCUCCCAGGCAAUCUCCUCUGGGAUGAUAAGCUACUGCUCUCGACGCGGCAAGGCACCACCGUACUUUCGCUCGCGCUCACGGGGCAGGUGGAGCCCGACACACUCUCGGGGUUUGUGACCUCCGAGCACACCAUUGCGGCGGGAACUCUACACUGCGGCGUGGGCUACGUGCAAAUCACGCCGAGCUGCAUCGUCGUGCUCCCUCAGCGUGUGGAGCAGCAGCAGCAGCAGGGCGCCACGGUGUCCACCACGCCCGUGGCUGAGAGUGUCACGUGGAUGCAUCCACACGGCAAGCGCAUCCUCGCUGCCGCCGUCGCCGGGAAUACGAUGGUGGUCUCCUUCGCCCAGGGCGGCGGCAUCGCCAGCUUUGACAUGGGAAUGCGGGGGACGCGGCUGCAGCAGCUGGAGGCCAUCCCGUCCUUCCCGCACACCCCCGCGAUCUCCCUCCUGCGGGACCCGGACGCCGAGUCAAGGCACUUCACCGCGUCCAUGCACGCCUCCGCGGCGGCGUUGGCGGCCAUUGCCACCGCAAGCCACGAGGUCUACAUUGUGAAUCCCAAACGGCUGCGGGAACCGUUGGAAACCAUUCGCUGCACCAGCGACGACGUGAGCGGCGGCGCCCCACCGGCGAUUGUCUCUGUGCUGUUAACGUACCUUGGAAGGACAAGCGGGGUGCGGCGCCUCUUUUGUUUUAUUGGCCACAUGGACGGCACAGUGACCCGCUGCGAGCUGGACACGGCGACGUACAAGGCGAUGGACCGGGCAGUCCUGACGUGCGGCAGCGCACCCUGCCAGAUGAUCGCCGGCGACGGGGAGCGGGCGUGCUACGUGCUCUGUGGGGAGUUCAACUGGCGCUGCGACGUGCGGGACGGGCUGCCCAAGACCGUCCCCUGGCGCUUCCCCGCGCCGCAGGUGAUGUACGCCUCCUUCCGGCGACCGCCGAUCGCGAGGGCGGCGGCCACGACGGAGGUGGAGGUGUCAACUGGGGCGCGGGAGGAGUUGGUGCUGGGGGUCGCCGGCAACACGCUCUCCCUGUUCGCCGCGCAGCAGAGUGGCGGGACCAGCACGGCAGAGACCUCGCUGGAGUACAGCUUUGGCCACACCCAACUCUCCGUGGCGGGGCGGCGACUGCUGCAGCACCCCACGCGGGCGGAGUACUUGAUUGUGAUUGGCACGGAGCACCGUGGGUACGGCGUCGCCGCGCUGCGACGGGCGGCAGCGGCGGCGGCGGCGGCGGUGGCUGAACAGCAGCGCCGUCGCCAAGGCAACACGACGGAGGCUGGUGAGGGCAGUGCGACGAAGGACGAGAAUGCGGCGGGUGCAAAAAACACGAGUGGGGGUGGAAUUCCGCUGGACAAACCGCAGCGGUCGUUGAACCACGCCGACCACUACGUCAGCACGCUGCAGCUGUACAACAAGCGCACGGAUCGACUCGACCCGCCCUUGUACUUUCAAGAGCGCGAGGCGGUGCUCUCCGCCGCGGUUGGGAGUUUUGUAAAGGACUUCGGGAAGGAGCCGGUGGUGGUGGCGGGCUGCGCCGAGCAGUACACGCACGGAAGUGGCUGUGGUGUUGGCCCCGCCUGGACGCAGGGCCGUCUUCGGGCGUUUCGCUUUGUCGUGAGCCAAAGCAGUAUGCCAGGCGGCGGUGGUGCAACGCCGGUGCUGCGACUCGAGCAGCUGCACGACACACCCAUCACCGCGGCAGAAACCGGCGGUGAGGGCGGCGCUGGCGGCGUCGCCGCCUCGUAUCGGACGACGCCGCUCAUGGACUACCCCUCGGCGCUGCACAUUUGCCCAGAGGUGGGGCUGCUGUUUGUGGGGCUGGGGCCCGAGAAUGGACUGCAGGUGUACGCGUGGGGGCAGCGGCGCUUCCUGCGCAAGCGGCGGCUUCCGAACGUGCCGAGCCGAAUCACGGCAAUUGAGACCGUGUUCGUGUCUCCGCCCGGUGCGGCGUCCUCCACCGCGGCGGCGUCAAACGCCGCACCGGACCUCUUCCGCUGCGGCCCCAACAGCGGCAGUCUUGCGCGCGACAAGCGUCUGCUCAUCGUCUGCGGCACUCUCGACCAGUCUGUCUUCAUUGCGACGGUGCAGCCGGGCAGCGGCACGGCGGGAUCCAUGUCGUUCCUGAUGCUUGUCGCCCGCGACGCGGUCCCGCGCAGCGUGACGAGCAUCGUGUGCGUCGACGAGCGCACCGUCGCCGUGGCAGACCGCUUCGGCAGCGUCGCCUUCCUGCGGCUUCCACGCGACGCGCGACUGGGAUUCGCGGAGCCGCUGCACCACAUGAGCGACGCCGAGCUGAUGGAGGUGGAGCGCUACGCGGCGCACGAGCAGGUGCUGCAGGAGAUCGCCGUGCACCACACCGGCCAGCUCGUCACGGCGCUGCGCGUGCACGACUACGACCCCAGCGGCGGCGCGGACCCCUCGCUGGCGCUGCGCAUCCUCUUCUACGCCACCGCCCUCGGCUCGGUGGGGGCCUACACGCCGUUUGUGCGGGAGGAGGACGCCGCCCUGGCGGCGCAUUUGCAGCCCCUCAUCGCCGCCCACAUUCGCUGCCCGCUGCAGGACGGCAGCGGCUGCCCCCCGUACAACGCCGCUGGCCGCCUCACCGCCUCCGCCGCGGCGGCCGUGUCGCCGUCGCCGGUCCACAACGUCGUGGAGGGCGACCUCGCGCAGCUCCUGCUGCACGCCUCCACCUCGCUUUUCUCGACGGAGGCGAAGACCGACGUGGAGGCGGAGCUCGCGCGGCGGGAGCGGGCCGAGGCGGCGCAGCGGAACGUACUCGGCCUGCCGCCCCGCUCCUGGCCGGCGCUGGCGGAGCUGGUCGCAAAGCACCGCGCCCUCGUCACGCUUCCGCCGUAG